GUAUUACUUGUUGGUGGUACAACAAUUGCAGAAGAUGCAGAUAAACUUAAAGCUGGAGCAAAUAUUAUUGUAGCCACACCUGGUCGAUUAGAAGAUAUGUUGUCUAAUUGUAAAAGUAUAAACUUGACAGCAUAUGUAAAAUCUUUGAUGAAGCUGACAGACUAUUAGAUCUAGGAUUUUCUGCAACGUUAGAUACAAUAUUAUCUUAUUUACCACGUCUCAGAAGAACAGGUUUAUUUUCUGCAACUCAAACAAAGGAAUUGCAGCAGUUAAUAAGAGCUGGGCUUAGAAACCCAGCUGUGAUAACUGUUAAAGAAAAACCAAAUAUUUCUACACCUACGAAUUUAAUAAAUAAUUAUGUCAUUGUAAAUGCUGAAUAUAAAUUAUCUAUAAUGAUAGAUUUUAUUCAGCGUAAAGGGAUUAAUUUAAAAUAUAUGAUUUUUUUAUCUACUUGUGCUUGUGUUGAUUAUUUUAGUCAUGUUGCACAAACAAUGUUGCCGACUAUUCAAGUAUUUGCAAUUCAUGGCAAAAUGAAAAACAAGCGGUACAAAGUAUUCAACGAUUUUCGAUCUAUUGAAAGUGGAAUUUUAAUUUGUACAGAUGUAAUGGCUCGUGGUAUUGACAUUUCAGAAGUUGAUUGGGUAUUACAAUAUGAUCCUCCAUGUUCAGCAAGUAGUUUUGUUCAUAGAUGUGGUAGAACUGCUAGAAUAGGUAACGAAGGAAAUGCAUUGUUAUUUCUCUUAAAAACAGAAGAUGCAUACGUAGAAUUUAUUAAAAGAAAUCAAAAAGUAGAUCUACAGCAAAUAGUUUUGGAGCCAUCCAUUAUUUCAUACAAAAAGUGUUUAACGUGUAUGAGAAAUUUACAAAAACAAGAUCGCUCUCUUUUUGACAAGGCCAACAGAGCAUUUGUAUCAUAUGUACAGGCAUACAAUAAGCAUGAAUGUAAUUUAAUAUUAAGAUUGAAAGAUAUUGAUCUAGGAAAGCUUGCAAUGGGUUUUGGGUUAUUACGAAUGCCUCGUAUGCCAGAACUUAAAGGAAAAGAUAUGUCAAAUUUUCAAGAAGAAGAUACUGAUAUCAAUUCAAUUACAUAUUCAGAUAAACAAAAAGAAAAAAGUCGUUUAGAAAAAUUAAAGAUUUUUCGAGACACCGGAGUAUGGCCUAAGGCACAGAAACGUAAAUGUAAACAAACUGAACCAUGGUCUGAAAAUAAAAAAAAGAAAAUGGAAAAGCAAGAAAACCGUAAAAAAAGGAAAGAGAAAAAACUGAAGCAGAAGAUGUCAGAAAACUCAACAAAAAAGCGAAAAAAAAAGAUGAAUGAACAAGAUAUCAAAGAUUUAGCAAAAGACAUAGCAUUAAUUAAAAAGUUAAAAAAGAAAAAGAUUUCACAAGAAGAAUUUGAUACCGCUUUUGGAACUGAUUGAAAAAUUUAAUGGAUAUAGCAGAAGGUAAACAAUACAUGCUGAAGUUAUAUUCAAAUGAGCCUUUUUUGUAUAUAUUCAGUAUACAGAUAAAGAAGCAUGUAUAUAUUAUAGAAUUCUUCAAACAUUUGUAUUAUUUUCAUGUAUAGUUUAUUUAUUGAUAGUACUACUCAAAUU